AAAUGAAUUUAAAUUUGUUGAAUUUAUUGCUCUGUAUUCCUGCUCUCUAUUGCUUUCAGGAAUCUACUGAUGUACUUCCUCCAGUUAACUCUAACCAAAUCGACGAAGCUCUUCACAGUUCUUCAAGGCUGGAAGGACGAGGAUGGCCUAAAUACAGCAGAUACAGAAGACAGCAAAAGAAUCAGAGAAAUAAACCAAGGAAGGCAAAGCAAGCAGGUAAGGAAGAAAUCCCUGAGAUGACUUGUGCUGCGCCUUGCUCAUGCGUUUGUCCUUCAUCCAAACCUGAAACUCAAAGCACAUAUAAAUCCAAACCAUCAAGACCAGCUGAAACACCAACCAAAACAGCCAGCUCUAACCCAAAAGAUGUUCUUACUACCUACAAUGCUCCUUCAAGACCAGCACCCUACUCUGUUCAAAAAGGGACAGUUAAUGUAUUGCCAACAGUAACUUCAGGAUCAGGAGGUUCUGGUUACUCUGCACCAUCAGCACCAAGUUCCAGUUAUUCUGCACCAUCAGCACCAAGUUCCAGUUAUUCUGCCCCAUCAGCACCAAGUUCCAACUCUGCACCAUCAGCACCAAGUUCCAGUUAUUCUGCACCAUCAGCACCAAGUUCCAGUUACUCUGCACCAUCAGCACCAAGUUCCAGUUAUUCUGCACCACCACCAACUAACUCUGCUAAUUCUGGCUUACAGGCAUCAAGUUCUUCUUAUUCUGGACCAAAAUCACAAUGCUCUUCUAAUUCUGGAGCAUCGGCAACAACUUCCUCUUAUUCUGGACCACAAAUGCCUGGCUCUUCUUAUUCUGGAACACAAGCUCCAAGUUCCUUUUAUUCUGGACCACCUACACCAAUUUCUUAUAAUUCUGCACAACCAGCACAGAGCUUGUCUUAUCCUGGUCCACAAACGUCAAUUUCUUCUUAUUCUGGCCUGCCAGCACAGAGCUCUGGACCAACAGCACCAAGUUCUUCCUAUUCUGGUCCACAAGCCCCAAGUUCUUCUUAUUCUGGUCCAAAAACAUCAAAUUCUGAUGUAAAGAAACCAGCUUCAGAAUCACCUAAAUCCUCUUAUUUAUCAUCUUCAAAACCAUCAAAACCUACUUCCUACACUAAACCUUCACAGCUAUCUGACCCGGCAACUCCAAGUUCUUCUUAUUCGUCACCUUCUGCAUCAAGCAUUUCAUAUACUUCGCCAUCUGUAGAGCAACCUGGAUCAUCAUAUUCCAUAUCAAUAGGGUCCUCUUCACCUGAAUCCAGUGGGUCUACAAGUGGUAGUUCCGGUGAGUCCUAUUCUGGAGCUUCCAGUUCAUCUUCAGCAGGUUCACCAACCGUAUCUACUUACACACAAACCCAGGAGGUUUCCUAUUCCCCCCCAGCAACCUCAUCAAGUUUGUCCUACUCUGAACCUGGGAGUUCAAACUCUGCUUCAACACAAUCAGGUACGUCUGAAUAUUCUGCACAAUCAAGCUCCUCUUUCCCAGGAUACCGACCUGGGAUAGGGUCAGGUAGUACAAUAGUAUUAGGACCAUCUACAGGGGCUGGAGCUGGAGACAUAAAAUAUGUAUAUUCUAUUGAUUCACAGAUUGCACCAGAUAAAGAUAAAGGAGGGAAUCCAAAUUCUUUAGAAUCUUUCCCUGCAUCCUUCUAUCAAGAUGUUGAUAAGGAUGUAUCAUCUGAUGGAGCUCCCUCCUCUGUGUUUACAUCAGCAGAGUUCUCUACUCAAGAUGAUUUCUGGAAACCUUUCUCAUGGAAUUUUGGUGAAAAAGAGAGACCCAGAAAUGCCCGACGAGUAAACUUAAAGUUCCUUGUUCCAUGUUCCAGAUCUGCAGUCAUGUUUGAUUUAGACUUUUCAGUAUCUAACUGCUAAAAUUUUACAGGACCAUAAAAAAGGGCAUGUGCCUCUUAGACCUGACAUUGCUGAAACUGAAGUUUUUGAAUGUUCCAUGCUACAGAUUCUGUAAUUUUUAUUUAAACUUACUGAAAUUUGAAGCUCUUUAAAAAUAUAUAGCGAGCACCAUUAAUUUAUGUAAUAAGAAGACGACUGUUAGACCAAGUUUUGAUUUUAAAAAUUUCUUAAAUGUCGUCUUUAUAUUUCAUAGUUUCGUGGGUCCUAUAAAUUAUAAAACAUUUAGCGGUUAUUUAGUGAAAAAAGAAGCAAGGAUGAUUAUCACUCUGCUGUUUAUUGGUGAUUACUUUAUCAUCAAAAUAUGUAUUUAUUUAUUUAUUUUAAUUAAGUUAUCUUUCCAUCUAUUGUUUUUAUAUUAUAAUUUGUAAUUUAUCAAUUUAUUGUUUUUAAUUAUGAUUUGUCAGUAUACAUGAUAUUUGGCCAUUUUUGCUUGUCAUAUCAAGGUUUCAUGUUUUCAAUCAUUUUCUCCUCUUUUUUCUUUUUAUU